AUGAGAACCAGGACUUGCAGGACAGGCUGGCUACUUCCAUCAACUCUGGAGUCAGCUGCUGAGCCCCCUGACCAGAACUCGGGCUCCAGCCACCAGCCCUGGCUAGCUUCACCUCUGCCGGGACCGGAGACCGGUGCUCGUGGCCCUGUCCGUGCCCUGCCCGCUGCACUCGCCUCCGUGACCCACCACCGCCUGCAGCGCAGCCCACCGGAGGCCACCUCGCUCCGGACCCGUCGGAACCUCGCUUCCCCCGCCGGGGCCGCUCCCCCGCCGGCCCCGCCCGUUCCUGGGCCAGUUCCUGGGCCUGGGGGGGGCUCCGAGGGGCCGGCAGUGGGUUCCGAGGUGGCGCGGCUGUUGGAGGCGGUGGACUUCGCCGCCAGGAAACACAAGGAGCAGCGGCGUCUGGAUCCCGAGGGCACCCCGUACAUCAACCACCCCAUCGGCGUCGCCAGGAUCCUGGCACACGAGGCCGGCGUGACGGACAUAGUGGUGCUGCAGGCCGCCCUCCUGCACGACACCGUGGAGGACACGGACACCACGUUCUCCGAGAUCGAGGAGCGGUUCGGCGCAGAGGUGCGGCGCGUGGUGGAGGAGGUGACGGACGACAAGAGCUUGCCCAAGAUGGAGCGGAAGCGGCUGCAGAUCGAGCGUGCUCCCGCCUGCAGCCGGCGCGCCAAGCUGGUCAAGCUGGCGGACAAGCUGCACAACCUGCGGGACCUGAACCGCUGCACCCCGCGAGGAUGGUCGGCGGAGCGCGUGCAGGAGUACUUCCGGUGGGCGGCGCGCGUGGUGUCGGGACUGCGCGGGACCAGCGCGGCCCUGGAGGGGGCGCUGCAGCGCCUGUUCGAGGAGCGCGGCGUGCUCACGUAACCGCCUCGGCCAAUAAACGUGCUCAGAGCUCGGCGUGCUUGGGUUGCUAUAGUACCGCGCGCUUCCGGCGCCGUCGCCGCCGAGUUCCGGCCGC